AAGCUAGUUUCACGGAGUUUUCUAGUACUCCAUGUAAUUGUGAGUCUUUAGUUAUUGAGAUUCACUCACUUGAAUACUCAACUGUAGUAUUAGGUACUCCACCAACUCGACAUCUUAACGACGAUAAGGGCGACCAUUCA